GGUUCAGAUCUUGAGAGGCCAGAGGGCGGGAGUCUCGUGAUGAUGACAGAAUAUUCAAAUGAAGAUGUGAGCUCGAGGAGGGUCGGAAGGAGGAAGCGGAUUGGCUACUGGCCCCGCAGUAGCGCGAGCGCAGGUGCCAGCGUCACUCACUGAGCAGGAACCGUCCCCGCGGUCACAGUCGCUGCUCGCUGCCCGGCAGCUGUGCGCCUGUCCCGGCCAUAAGCAACAGGAUAAACCGGCUGGAGCGUCACCGACUGCCAGCUGAGGACUCGCGAGCUUUGUGUGUUUGUUUUUCCGCCUCGCGUGAAGCCUCUGGAUGGUGUUGAGCUGGAGCGUGCACAAUGCUGAGCGCCGUUAAAAUGGAGGGACACGAGCAUCCGGACUGGAGCAGCUACUACGGAGAGACCGAGUGUUACACCACAGCAGGAAACAUGAACUCCGGUCUGACCAUGAACUCCAUGAGCAGCUACAUGAGCGCGCCUGGCAUGACCGGCACCGGCCACAUGAACGCGCAUUCCUAUAUGAACCCGGUCGGGGUCAACCAGCCCUCGAUGUCCGCCGGGGUGUCUCAGAGCCCCGGGGCCGUGCAGGCUGGAGCCGGGAUGACGGGCCUGAGCGCCGCGCUGCCGCCGAGCAUGAGCCCGAUCAGCCCGCCGCCGUACGGGAGCGUGCCGGUGAUGAGCCCGGUGUACGGGCAGGCCUGCAGUAUCAGAUCCAGGGAGCCCAAACCGUACCGGCGGAGCUACACACACGCCAAGCCGCCGUACUCCUACAUCUCUCUGAUCACCAUGGCCAUCCAGCAGUCCGGCUGCAAGAUGCUGACGUUAAACGAGAUCUACCAGUGGAUCAUGGACCUGUUCCCGUUUUACCGGCAGAACCAGCAGCGGUGGCAGAACUCCAUCCGACACUCGCUGUCUUUUAACGACUGCUUCAUCAAGGUGCCCCGCUCGGCGGACAGACCGGGGAAAGGCUCCUACUGGGCCCUCCACCCGGACUCCGGGAACAUGUUUGAGAACGGCUGCUACCUCCGGCGGCAGAAGCGCUUCAAGUGCGAGAAGAAGCCCGGGACCGGUGACAAAGAGGCGGCGGGGAAGCCGGGCUCGGAGGGCGGCUCCAGCGGCUCAGACUCCCCGCACUCCUCCUCCUCCCCCUCCUCCUCCUCCUCCACCCCUCCGUCCUCCGGUGCGGAUGUAAAAGGAGUCGGGGUCGACCUAAAACCGUGCCGUACCAGCCCCGUGCGCGUACCCUCCCCGCUCGCGCACACGCAGCACCUGUUCUCCCAUCAUCAUCAUCAUCAUCAUCAUCAUCCCCACCCGCUGCUGCUGCACGAGGCCGCCCACCUGAAACCACCGGACCACUACCACCCCCACCACUACUCCUUCAACCACCCGUUCUCCAUCAACAACCUGAUGUCCGAGCCGCAGCACCACAAACUGGAGCCGGCGGUGCAGUACGGAGGCUACGGCUGCCCGGUGUCCGGGGCGCUGGUGGCGGCCAAAACCGCUCUGGAUCCCGCGCACACCGACACCAACUACUACCACGGCGUGUAUACACGAGGCCCAUAAUGAACUCCUCCUGAAAUACUUUUUAAAGAGUAAAAAAACAAACAAACAUUUGUACAUUUGUAAAUGUGAGAAAGUGUUUUGUUGAAGGCCUGAAGGAUUUGUCAUUAGUGUGUUUGUAUACGUGCAACAGAUAAAAAUCUUUAUAUGAAAAACUUCA